AUGCUGGGUACUUUUAAUUUGGUAUUGACCCGGAAGUGUUUUUGAACCCAUGUGCGUUCUUGUAUUUAGAAUUUUUCACGUGCAGAACGAUGGAUUUGUGAUGUUUAAUGGAUAAUUUGUAAUAUAACAUCCCAGAAAACAUGAAGUUUGCAUACAAGUUUUCCAACUUAUUAGGGGCAUUUUAUCGCCAUGGGAACCUGUGUUUCUCUAAAGAUGGAAAUUCUGUCAUUAGUCCUGUUGGCAACCGCAUCUCCGUCUUUGAUUUGAAAAAUAACAAAUCAGAAACCUUACCAGUGUCCACCACAAAGAACAUCAGCUGUUUGGGAAUCUCUCCAGAUGGGAAUCUUGCCAUACUUAUUGAUGAAGAUGGAGCGGCCGUACUGGUCAGUUUGGUCACUCGGGCAGUACUUCACCAUUAUCAUUUCCACAGUCCUGUGCACAGUGUGUCCUUCUCCCCUGAUGGAAAGAAGUUUGUGAUAACGAAGGAAAAUGUGGCUCUAAUGUAUCAUGCACCUGGAAGAAACCGAGAGUUUAAUGCAUUUGCAUUAGACAAGAGUUAUUAUGGACCAUUUGAUGAGACGACAUGUAUCGACUGGACGGAUGAUUCCAAGUGCUUUGCUGUUGGUAGUAAGGACAUGACCACCUGGAUCUUUGGAGCAGAGAGAUGGGCAAAUCUCAUCUACUACUCGCUUGGUGGUCACAAGGACAUCAUAGUGGGCUGUUUCUUUGAGAAGGACAGCUUAGAUAUGUACACAGUGAGCCAAGAUGGCACUUUAUGUGUAUGGGAAAGUGACACUGAGCUCGAGGGCUUACGGAAGGGCCCAAAAUGCUCUGAGAGAAAGAAGAUGGAGGAGGAGAAAAAAAAGAGAGAAGAAGGGGAAAGAAACAAAGAUGAUGAUGAGGAAGAUGAUGAUGAUGUUGAGGAAAUUAUAGGGGAGGAUGGAGAGACCAGAGGAGAUGUGAUUAAAGGAAGCACAGAUGCACCCAAACAAGUGGAAGGCAUCAAAAAUGUCCGCUAUUCACAGAGGAGCAAACACUAUUUUAACAAGGAGGGUGAUUUCAACAAGUUGACAGCUGCAGCUUUCCACAAGAAAACACACAUCCUUGUGACAGGUUUCGCAUCUGGAGCAUUCCACCUGCAUGAACUGCCAGAAUUUGACCUCAUUCACUCACUCAGUAUUUCAGAUCAGAGGAUUUCUGCCAUUGCUAUGAAUCCCACCGGUGACUGGAUUGGCUUUGGCUGUUCAGGUCUGGGCCAGCUGCUGGUCUGGGAAUGGCAGAGUGAGUCCUAUGUGUUCAAACAGCAGGGACACUUCAACAACAUGAACUCUUUGGCUUAUUCACCUGAUGGUCAGUAUCUUGUUACUGGAGGAGAUGAUGGGAAGGUUAAAGUGUGGAACACCAACAGUGGCCUCUGUUUUGUGACGUUCACUGAACACUCCAGCAGUGUCACCGAUGUUGCCUUCAUCUCCAGUGGCUUUGUGGUGGUCAGCGCCUCACUAGAUGGCACUGUUAGAGCAUUUGACCUGCACAGGUACCGGAACUUCCGUACCAUGACGUCUCCACGACCGGCUCAGUUCUCCUCUCUGGCAGUGGACAGUAGUGGGGAGUUGGUGUGUGCAGGUUCUCAAGACUCUUUUGAGAUCUUCCUAUGGUCCAUGCAGACUGGACGACUGCUAGAGGUGCUUAGUGGUCAUGAGGGUCCUGUCAGCAACUUGUGCUUCAGUCCAGUCCAGUCUGUGCUUGCCAGUGUGUCAUGGGACAAAACAGUCCGGCUGUGGGACAUGCUGGACAGCUGGCAGACCAAAGAGAUCUUGCGGCUCACCUCUGAUGGACUCGCUGUAACAUAUCGUCCUGAUGGUCAGGAGUUGGCAGUUGCCUCUCUGGAUGGUGAGAUCACAUUCUGGACCCCUCAGACUGGAGGACAGACUGGCUCUAUUGCUGGCCGCCAUGACCUGCAGAUGGGCCGUAAAGAAACCGAAAAGAUCACUGCUAAACAGUCUGCCAAGGGAAAGUCCUUCACCUCCUUGUGCUACUCAGCAGAUGGUGAAUCAAUCCUUGCAGGUGGGCAGUCAAAGUUUGUGUGCAUUUAUAACAUCAAGGAACAUGUUCUGAUGAAGAAGUUUGAGAUCUCCUGUAAUCUCUCUCUGGACGCUAUGGAGGAGUUCCUCGACAGGCGUAAGAUGACAGAGUUUGGUAGUCUCUCUUUAGUGGAUGAAGGCACAGGGGAUGGAGACGGAGUGGAGCUCAAUCUUCCUGGAGUCAAGAGAGGUGAUAUGAGCUCCAGACGAUUUAAGCCAGAGAUCCGUGUUAGCGCUCUCUGCUUUUCACCUACCGGGCGCAGCUGGGCGGCAGCUUCCACUGAAGGGUUGCUGAUCUACUCUCUUGAUGCCUCACUGGUGUUUGACCCCUAUGAUCUAGACAUGGAUGUCACGCCGGCAAGCAUACGGCAGCAGGUGAAGAAAAAAGAGUGGGCAUCGGCCAUUUUGCUGUCUUUUCGGCUAAAUGAAAUGCCACUCAUAAGAGAGGUUCUGGAGGCGGUUCCUUAUGACCAAAUUACAGUGGUGUGUAGCUCACUGCCGGAUGUGUAUGUGGAUAAACUUCUGAACUUUGUGGCCUCAACAUUGGAAAAGUCCAACCACCUGCAGUUCUACCUCAGCUGGGCCCAGUGUCUGCUCACCCUACAUGGACAAAAGCUCAAGAACCGAUCUGGGGCUGUAUUGCCUACUGUACAGCAGCUGCUGAAGAGCAUCCAAAGACACAGUGAUGAUCUGUCCAAACUCUGCGACUGGAACAUUUACAACAUUCGUUACGCUGCUGCUCUGUCUAAACAGAGAGGGAUGAAAAGAACAGCAGCAGAAUCCCUCAGUGAAGAGGAGGAGGAGGCAAUGGACUCCGGAGGUGAUGAGGAAAAUAUAACGAAUGAGUCUAUAAUGGUGGAAAACUGAUCAUGAACACUUCAACUGAAACAUAGCCGGUCAGGACUUGGACAAGCAGCAGUUAUUGUGCAGGUUUAUGUAUUUUGUCAGUGUAAACAUGGACAGGCAGCACCUACAAACAUGUUAGAAAUGACCUGACACAGUUUAGAUUUUAUAUAUAAAAUAUCAACUGUUAAUAAAUGUUGUUUCUACUUUUUUAUUCUUGUUUGAUGAAAGCUUGUUUCUGCAAAGUAAUAAAAAAAAGGUAAUUGCAACUUUUUUCAGAAUUCUGAUGUUUUUCCUUGCAAUUCUGAAUUUAAAUCUCACAAUGCAGACUUAUUGUCUUGCAGAUGUUAAUUUUCAAUUGCAAGGGAAAAAGUCAAAAUUGUGACAAUUAGCGAUUACCAUUUUUUUGUAAUUUAAUGUUUUUAAUCUUGGUGGAAAUAAGCUUUUAUAGAAAGCUGAUCUUUGUUUUAUAGAGAAAAUGUUGAUUUAAAUACAGAAACAAUGUUCAUGGAGUUUGUUUCAUUGGAUUGUUUUCAAAUAGAAAUAGGCCGCCACAGCUUCUUUACAUGCCUAAUAAUGCUCUCAUUGAGCACAGUGUCUCAAAGGAUAUCUGUUAUAAUAUA